AUGGCACCGUUAGACCAAUCUGGCCAGUCUUUGCUGAGGUCACUGUCUCCGUUACCUUUUAUUGUUUCGAGAAAUGAUGAGAACACGGACCCAAAGUAUAAGAAGUACUCAGCAGCCAUCGACCGAGCUUUAACCACUUGGGAUAAAAAUGAAGAAUGGGCAGAUUAUAUAUCCUUUCUUGGAAAGCUUCAUAAGGCUCUUAGGUCUUACACUUUUCCAACAAUUCCUCGCUCCUCAUUAGUUGCUGUGCGACUUGGACAGUGCUUACAAUCCGAUUUGCCUUCUGGUGUUCACCAAAAAGCACUAGAAUUAUACAGCACUGUUUUUUCCAUACUUGGAGAGAAUUUAUCAAACGAAAUUGACAUAUGGAUACCGGGAAUAAUCCCAUUAAUGCCUUAUGCUUCGAUUAAUGUGAAGCCAAUUUUGAUUGAGCUUUUUAACACACACAUACUUCCUCUGAAAACAUUACGACAUUUAGUUUUGCCACUUCUUUAUUCUCUUCUUCCCGGUAUAGAUGACGAAUCCAACGAAUCUUUUGAUGCGGUUCUCCAGCUAUUAGACAAUAUCAAAAAACGAGUAAACGACGACAGUCAUUUUUGGCAAUGCUUCUUUCUCGUUAUUAUCAAUUCGAGCGACCGCAGGUUGGGUGCACUAGUAUGGGCUAAUCGUCGACUACCGAAAUUCAACUCCACUCUUUCUUCAAAUGCUGACCCUCCUACCGACAAGACAACAGGAUUUCAAGCCCUUUCUUAUGAAGCACAAACUGCCAUCAUUCCAGAGACGGGGCUACUUAUUCGAGCCUUUUGCAAAGGUUUAGAAGAUGAUCAGCUUUUAGUUCAACGUGGGUUUUUAGAACUCUUGGUCAAAAACAUUGAACUUCACAGCCCUGCACUUCAAUUUGUGACAUCACCUAAAGAUCUGGAGUUAUUAGUAUUAAGUGCUUGCUCUACCGUGUUAAGACGUGACAUGUCUCUCAACCGAAGACUUUGGAACUGGCUUCUUGGUCCCGACAUGUCAUCAACAGAUUUAUCUUCAGGUCCUAACCUUAGUCGAGAAGCUUACUUUAUUAAAAAUGGCCGUGAUUCUCUUGUUAACGGACUUCUCAGUUACAUUAACAGUGACACCAAUAGUAUCACUGAACGUUGUCGACCUUAUAGAAUAUGUCUUAGUAUUAUGGAUCGUUGGGAAAUUGGCGCCAGUGUAGUGCCUAGUGUGUUUACACCAAUUAUUAAAAGCGUCAAGCGGUGCGAAUUUUCGUAUGACGAACAUUAUUACACUGAAGUUUUAAAAAGUGCUGGUGCAUUUUUUGAUGGCGUUGAAACUAUUACCAUUUGGUCCGACUGUGUUAAACUUAUCCAAGAAAAAACUGACGAAAGUCUUUCUUUACUGAUAUUUAUUUUGCAAUCCUUUAAUGUCGAAGAAGAAGAAAUGAUUGUCCAGCAAUUGCCUUUAAUUCUUAUACUUCUCAUAAUCACCGAAGUUCCACCUUCUCCAACAGGUACUAAACUUCAACUUAUUCAGUUACUUCUUAAUCUUAUACCAGAUCGCGCUUUUCUACCACUAUUUAUAGAGCCAGAAAAUAACGAUCAGGAUGAAAAUUUAGACGACGAAGCUAUUACUCAAAAAAUAACAAGCUAUUAUCAAAGUCAGCCUGAUGAAGCAGAUAAAUUACCUUUUUCUUCAGCCCAACUCACUAAAAUAUUGCAAAAUCAUAUUACCCAAUUGACCGUCAAAAACAUUAAUGAAAAGAAAUAUGAUAUGGCAGGUCAUUAUUCUGUUUUUCUUGCACAAUUUUUGCAAAAGAUUCAUCACCACGAAAGUAAAUGGCGCGAUGAUAGUUUAGUUCUGGCUCUUCAAACACUUUCGCUUGAAGAAGAUUACAAUUACAAAUUUGUGUCUGAUGUAAACAAUUUGUUCAUUACUAUUAUUGACGGCCUCACUACUCGAGAAAUUGAAAACUUUUUAACAGCUAUUGUUACUAUUAUUUGGAGAUCUCUAAUCACAGUUUCAGGAACAAGAGAAGUUGAAGCUGUGAAAUCUUUGUGGCAACUUCAAGAAGCUUUUCAAGACCGCAGAAUUGAAGCCUGCAUUGCUUCUUUAUUUGUCAACAGUGAAUAUUCUGCCGAAGAACGUGGAAGAGCUUUGAGCGCAUUAUGGAAUCACAGUAGCGAAAGAUCUAAUGCAGAUGUCAUUUUAAAUCGCUGCAUAUUCCUGGUACUAGAAUAUCUCAGAAAGCCAUCAUCAAUUGAUUAUCUUGUUGCACAACAUUGGGUUGAACAAGUUUUUUCCAGUGGAUCUGUGAAUCGACUUUUAAGUUUCAUUACGUCACCAAUUCUUAAUACGCAAUUCAUACAUAGAGAGACGCCAGUGUUUUUGGAAGAAGAUGAUUUAGAUGUGUUUUCCUAUCAAUGUGAAACCCUUCUUGCUGUCAUUAAGUCUCACCCCUUACUAAAACAGGUGUUCAUUCGGGAAUUUAUUCCCAUGGAGCAUACUAUUGCUUUUGUUGUGCAUAAUGAAAAUUUAAAGGGGAAAGAUUCAACAUAUGCGAUUCUUAUUAAACACGCGAUUUUACGCCUAUUUUCGUUUGAAAUUCCAGAGUCUUCCCAUUCAGAUGACGAAUUUUUCAAGACUUAUGAAUCAAUAUUAUCUGUUUGUCUUGAUUUAUUAAAUCUUCUUGUGGAGAAUACUUUGGAUGACAUAUUAGAAAUCACUGAAGUUUUGAUGCAAUUGCUUAAAAAAUUCAACAGUCAUAACAAUGCCAAAAAUCUAUCAGAAAUCAGAAUCAUUGAACUUCUUUCGCAUUUACUUAAGGAUCUCAAUGAACUCGGUCCAUUUGGAAAAAAUCAAAUUAGCUCUAAUCUUGAUACAUCAGUUCAGGCAGACCCAGAAUCUGAAAAAAAGAAUGAAACCUCUCAACGCCUGGAGAAACUUAGUAAAGAUCUUGUCAACUCUCUAAUUGAAGGAUUUGCAUCUAAUUAUGAUCUUUAUGUGGUAGAGGCCUGGACAUCUCUUCUUGCGGACUGUGUUCCUCUUUUUGGAGAAGUGAUUUUACAGGUGCUUCUUCCUUUAGUUGAAUCACUAACUAACCAAAUUUCUAAAAAUUUUACCAUAAUCAAAAAGACAUAUGAAGAUUUGGAAGAAAAUAAAAGUGGAAGUCAAUCAGUUUCUCUUUCUGCUUUAUUUUCUUACAUGAAAGCUCUUGAGAAACUUCUCGCUGCUGCUCAUAAACAACUAACUACAAGUAACAAUGUUGCUUCUGGCAAGCCUACUACAGAACCUGGAUUUUUUGGAGCUGUAAUGUCAGGGGUUUUUACUGUUGAAUCUCCAAUAGCACGCUCUACAGCAGCCAACAAUAGGUUAACUGUUUUACUUAGCUUCCAAGACACAAUUCAAGGGUGCUUUGAGAUUUGGUCUUGGGUUGAAGAAAACAACAGCUUAAAAACCAAAAGUCAAAAAGUUGAUUCUCACAUGUACCAUUCAGCUCGCCUAAAGUUUUGGACACGCAAGAUUAUGGAAAGUUUAUACAACAUGGAAACCAUGGAGACACUAGAGAUGUUUAUUGAAAUUGGCAAAUCUUCUCCUUACAUUUUUAAGAUUCUCCAUGGUCUUGAUGGCUCCAAACCCAAAUCGACAAUACCACAUUUAUUUAACAGUCUCAUUAGUCGUGUCAAUCCAUCCAGUGUUGAUCUUAAGGAGAGGUCUACAUUAACUUCCGAUCUUUCUGAUGUCGAAUUGAUGUCAUUUUUAGUUGACUAUUUGAAAUCUCUGGAAAAUGAUGCAGUAGAAGAUAUUUGGAACGAGAGUAUUGGAUUUUUGAGAGAGAUUCAGGCGAGUAAUACACUUUAUCGUCAUUUGAUGCCAGAUGUUUUUCGAUUCAUUGCCGUUUUGGCUAAAAAGGUUGACACUUUAUCAUUUGGAGAACAACGCAGAAUUCGGAGAGAUCUUAGUGAUGUUUUCAUUAGAUUGUUUAACACUGUGUUAUCGUCACGGUCCAUUGUUGCUGCGUCCGAUGCGUCAGGACUCGCUGCUGAAACUGAGCAAGGAUCUGAGCCAGUUUUAUCGAAUGAAAACGAUUCCACAACAGCGCUUGCUACAACUUCUGUUGGAAAAACAGGAAAUGCUCUUCACGAAAAUUUGGCCGCAUCUCUUAUCGACGUGGUUCCUUCUCUUGGGUUUAUUCUUAACGACAAUGAUAAAAUAACAACAUCUUUGACAACAAUAGUUGCCAAUUUCAUUGCACCUGCUGCCAAAUCCAAAGCGUUCCCAAGCUCGUUUUCACAGAGAUUGACUACUCUUUUAUUAACUGUUAUGUCACAGCCAGGAAGUCAAAAAGCGUGGAAAACAUCAAUUGGGGAUAUUAUUUUCGAUCAAAGGUUUAUGAAUAUGAAUCCUAUUCAAUCAAGUAAAUGGAAGGAUAUUACCCAAAAAUGGGCACAAUCUGAUAAGGAUAGACUUCAAGACUACAUUAAUCGAUUAUUAAGCCAUGGCUCUAAUUCUAAUGUGCUCUUUGGUUGGUCUGACCAAGAGGCUACCUAUACUCAUCGAAACAUUAACCGGUUAUCGUUUAUAUUUUUGAGUGGCUCUAGUGACGGAUAUAUGUUGAACAUCAAAAGUGUUACAGAAAAGUUGGAAGAAAUUAUGUCUUCUGAGACGGUGGCUGAUACACUUAGAAACGAGGUGUUUACAUGCCUGCGUGCCAUUAUUCUCAGAGUUGAUCCAACUCAUCUAUCAACGAUUUGGACUUUUGUUUACAGUGAGCUUUAUAAGACGUUCACCAUGGUUUUUUCAAUCUACCAAAAUGGUGAAGUAUCUACUGAGCAACUAGCCAAGCAAAAGAUAUUUUUAAAAGGACUUGUUUCUGCUUGCAAACUUUUGGAUAUGCUUUUGAUUUUAGGGCUAGAGGAUUUUAAUCCACACGAAUGGAUUUUCAUUUGUGAUAGCAUUGAUGCCAUUUUUAAAGAUUCUGAACAUCCUCCUACUGGCAUUGUUGAUAAGAUUGCCACUUCUAAAGGACUAAGCAUUGCAGGGGCAUCUUAUGAACAUAAACAAGACAAGACCAAGACCCGAAAGCCGUUUUUGACAAAUAUUGGAAACGUUACUUCUAUUUCGCAACUACGACCAUUCUUUGACAACAUUAGCAUUUACAACUAUGAGGCCAUGUACUCACUUGUACCUCCUGAUCUUGUUGCUUGUGAGCAAGAGAUCCUCCAAGAUAUUUUUGACUUUUAG